AUGGCUGCGGCAGCGGUUCUGGCGUGCUCCGAAGAUUGGACAAGAAGCGGAUAUGGCUGGCCAACGACCCGGCCUUUGACGAACACGACUCUGUGGGAUGAGCUCACGGUCGAGGCUCGAUUAAAGCUCAUCGCGAACGCGUGGUGCCUUUCGAGAACCAAGUUGAAACAUGACUCGACCUACCCCUCACCACAACUCCUCCGAUAUGCGAUCACCAAACCCUUGAUCAUUCCCGACGCCACGCCUAAACGCUCACGGCGGCUCUCAGCACAAUGCGACAUUCCCGAGUCGAGUGACGGGCCGCUUGAUCCCGCCGGAACUGGCGAGCAGGCCCGUCAGCGACCUCCGACGCAGGAUCUCGCCGCCCCGCCGCCGCCGCCGCCCUCUGAUACCCGACGAGAACGUCAAAGGGACGCGAUCUUCCAUGAUCCGAACAUGGACGUCCAAAUUGACUUCUCAUCCGAAGACGGUUUCUAUCAGUUCGCCAAGAAAAAGAAGAAGCAGACCGCGGCCUUCAACUGGGACGAGCCCGAGAAGAAGGACGAAGGCACAGGGGACGGUGGCGAUGGCGGCAACGGCGGCGACCAGAAUGGGGGUGGUGAUGCUGGAAACGCUGGAGGCGACGGUUCUGGUGCCGGUGAUGGCAACGGAGAUGACAAGAAAGACGAAGGCGGAGACCAAAACGCCGACGAUGAUUGGGGGGCCUUUGCGACUGUUGGCAAAAAGAAGAAGAAGGGCAAGAAAGGGGCAGCUGAGGAGGAGCCCGCCGCCACAGAAACCAAGGGAGACGCAUUUCACGAGAUCAAGCUUGACGAUACAGGGCCAUCACUCGAUUUGAAUUUCUCAGCCGGGACUACAGAUGCCAAGUCAAACUCGUUUGGCACCUGGGGCUCCAGCUGGAAUACUGGCAAUACAUGGGAUUGGUCUGGCGCCAAAGAUGGCGGGACUACUGAAGAAAAGCCCGCCGAAGAGAAAAAAGAGGAUUUGGAUGCCAAUCCCUGGGGCAUCAACCGGCCCAAGCCCAAGAAAAAGGGCAAGACCACCUUCAGUUUCGGUGCCUUCGACGAGGUGGAAGAGGAAAAGCCCGAAGAGCCCGCAGAGGAGAAGAAGGACGACGACUUCGGCUUCGGCUUUGGCACAAGCAAGAAGGACAAGAAGAAGAAGAAAGCCAGCAUAUGGGAUCCAGAGCCCGAGGAGGAGAAAAAGGAUCCCCUUGCUGACAGUCAAGACCUAGGCUCUACCGGUGCAGGUGAUGACUGGGGUGGCUGGGGAACUACGACCAAGAAGAAGGGCAAGAAAGGCAAAGAGCCCGAUCCACCAGCGCCUGACCCUCCCGCACCUGAACCAGAGGCACCCCCAGCUGACGAUCUGUGGUCGUUCGGCGCCUCCAAGAAGGAUAAGAAGAAAAAGAAGAGCACUUUUUCAUGGGCAGAUGAGCCGGAGCCGGAACCUGAACCACCCAAGGAGCCGGAGCCCGCGCCGGAGCCUCCUGCUGAAGAUGACUUCUGGGGUAGUAUCACGACCAAGAAAAAGGGAAAAAAGGGCAAGAACGCCGUUGAGGAGGUGAAGGAGCCUGAUCCGCCAGCCCCCGACCCACCGACCCCCGAGCCAGAGCCCGAGAAGAAGGAGGAGGAGGACUGGGGCAUCUGGGGCGCAGCCACUACCAAAAAGAGCAAGAAGAAGAAGAAGGGGGCAAUCGAGGAGAUGGACCCUCCCGCGGUGCCAGAUCCUCCUCCGGCAGCUCCAGAACCAGAGCCUGCCCCUGUUGAAGAUGACUGGGGCAUGUGGGGCGCGAGUAAGAAGGACAAGAAAAAGAAAAAGGGUGCCAUUGUUGAGGAGCCAGUAGUGGAAGAGCCUAAGGUGGAAGAGCCGGCACCGGAGCCCGAGCCAGAGAAGAAGGAGGACGACGAUUUCUGGGGCUCUUUGACGACGAAGAAGGAUAAGAAGAAGAAGAAGGGCAAGAACGCGGACCCGGAACCAGAACCGGAACCGGUGGUAGAGCCCGAGCCCGAGCCUGUCCCUGAACCGGAACCGGAGAAGAAGGAAGAGGACGAUAUUUGGGGCUUUUCUACUUCCAAGAAGGACAAGAAGAAAAAGAAGAAGGGAGUUGUUGAGGAAGAGCCACCUAAAGAGCCGGAGCCGGAGCCGGAACCAGUCAAGGAAGAGGAGAAGCCCGCUGAGGAUGAUUUCUGGGGCUCGCUCACCACUUCGAAGAAAGACAAGAAGAAGAAAAAGAAGGGUGUCCUCGAGGAGGAGCCCCCGAAGGAGCCGGAGCCGGAGCCUGUUCCGGAACCCGAACCUGAACCCGUCAAAGAGGACAAGCCAGCCGAGGACGACUUCUGGGGCACAAUUAGCACAUCAAAGAAGGACAAAAAGAAGAAGAAGAAAGGUGUCCUAGAAGAAGAACCGCCGCCCAAGGAGCCGGAGCCGGAACCCGAACCCGAACCCGCACCUGUCGUCGAGGAGAAGAAGGAAGAAGACGAUAUAUGGGGAUUCAGUACCUCUAAAAAGGACAAGAAAAAGAAGAAGAAAGGUGCUGUUGAGGAGCCUGAGCCAGUACCGGAGCCUGAACCGGAGCCCGAGCCUGAACCCGUCGUCGAGGAGAAGAAAGAGGAGGAAGAUGACCUAUGGGGUUUCUCGACCAGCAAGAAGGAUAAGAAGAAAAAGAAGAAGGGUGGUGUUGAAGAGCCUCCACCUGAGCCUGAACCAGAACCUGUUGUGGAGGAGAAGAAGGAGGAAGAUGACCUUUGGGGAUUCAGCACCUCCAAGAAGGACAAAAAGAAGAAGGGCAAGGCUGCUGAACCUGAGCCCACUCCUCCGCCCCCUCCACCGGCACCCGAACCAGAACCCGAAGCUGAUAUCUGGGGCACUUCUACUUCCAAGAAAGACAAGAAAAAGAAGAAGAAGGGUGUCGUGGAGGAGGAGCCUCCUCCUCCACCACCCGAACCGGAGCCAGUCGUGGAGCCGGAACCGGAACCGGAACCAGAGCCCGCGGCUGAGGCGGAUAGUGCCUGGAGCUUCUGGGGUGCCACGAAAAAGACAACCAAGAAGAAGGGCAAAGAUUCAAGUGCUCUGGUCGAACUGGAGAAGGAGCCCGAGCCAGCACCUGAUCCACCCCCUGCCGUGCCCGAGGCUCCGGAUGCCGGGGGUGAAGAUGACUUCUGGUCGACGUUUGGCAGCAGCAAGAAGGACAAGAAGAAGAAAAAGAACGCCGAUGGCAGUCUCAAACCUGAUUCGAUCGAGGAGCCCAAGGCCGAUGACUCCUUGGCCCUUUCCACAGACAAGAGUAAGUUCAGCAAAAAUGUGCCCGUCGAAGUCGAAGGAUCCCACAUCAAUGGUCUCAAGCCCGACUCUGUCGCAUCGACCCUGGAUAGCAAAGUCGACGAUGAAGACUGGCUCUGGGGCACAUCGAACAAGAAGAAAUCCAAGAAGAAUGCAUUGGCUGAUCCUCCCCCUCCAGCUCCCACUCCACCCUCCAUGGACAUGGAGGAACCUGCACAAGAACUCGAGACGAAUGUUUGGGAUGAUGCACCAUCCAGCUCCAAGAAGUCCAAGUCGAAAGAUAAGGACAAGGACGACAAGAAGAGCAAGGAGAAGGAGCCCAAACUGAGCAAAAAGGAACUUGAGAAACUGGAGAAGGAGAAGAAGAAGGCCGAGAAGGAGCGCGCCAAGCAAGAAGCCAAGGAAGCGGAAGAGGCUGCCCAGCGGGAGGCCGAGGAACAGGCAGCUCGCGAAGCCGAAGAGCAGGCGCAGCGAGAAGCAGAGGAGCUGGCGGCAAAGGAGGCCGAAGAGCAAGCCGAACGGGAUCGUUUGGAAGCCGAGGCGGCUGAGAUUACGAAGGAGGAGGAAGAACUUGCUGCGCUGACAGCGAAACAGGCCAAGCGCAAACUCACAAAGAAGGACCAGGAGAAGUUCAACCGUCUCACUGAGAACGCGAACCGUCGCGCCGAGGAGCAGGCUGCCAAGGAGGCCGAGGAACAGGCCGCAAGAGAAGCUGAAGAGGCGGCUGCUCGGGAAGCCGAAGAGGCGGCCGCCCGCGAAGCCGAGGAACAAGCUGAGCGGGAGCGCCUCGAAGCUGAAGAGGCCGCUGCAAAGAAGAAGUCCAAGAAGAGCUCAAAGUCCGACGAGAAGGACAAGAAGUCUUCCAAGUCCAAGUCCAGCAAGGACAAGUCGUCGUCCAAGAGCAAGGACGAAGCCGCCGAUAAGGACGAUAAGGACGAUAAAGACAAGGAUCUCCUGGAUCUCGACAACAUCGAACUUGACCCUGCCGAAGUCGACGAGCUCUUAUCUCCGACAACGAGCAAGGAUAAGUCCGACGCUUUCUCCUUCUGGGGUAGCUCCAAGAAGAAAGGAUCCGAGAUUAAAGAUGCUGACUCGAGCAAGAUUCUGGAAGAUGCUACUGGCGACAAGGACACGCCAUCCUCUUCCAAGGAUGUCGCGGCUGAUACCUCGAUGAAGAAGAGCAAGAAGAGCAGCAAGAUCGCUGACAAGCUCAAGGCCUUUGAACCACCGGUUGAACCCGACCUGAUUGACAUCCCGCCCCCGCCACCUCCGCCACCGGUGGAAGAGGACAGAAAGAAGUCCAAGUCCAAGUCCAAGAAGGAUGUUGAUUUCUUGGAUGACGACUACUUCUCCCACAAGAAAAGCAAGAAGACCGAGAUACCUGGCAGCUUCCCCAUUGACGACGAGGACGAGAUAAUCGAAGUCAUCGAGAUGUCGCCAAAGAAGAGCAAGAAGAGCAAGAAGUCGCGCGACAUCCCGCCCGAGGCUCCGCCACCGCCGCCUGCUGUCCCUGACGCGCCGCUUUCCCCUCCACCUGAGGUCAAGUCUUCAAAGAAGGACCGACCCAAGAUCAAUCGCGACGGCGGCUCGUCAUGGGGUGGGUGGUCUGCGACACCUAAGAAAGACGAGCGCAAGUCUUCAUCCAAGUCCAAGUCGGAAGAGAAACGCUCCAGGUCAGAGCGCAAGGAGCGAGAGGAGAAGACUUCAUCCAAGGGUUCUUCGUCAGAUAAGGCCGAGCGGCCGCGAGCAGAGAGGGCUUCAUCCAACCUCAUGACCCCACGCAUGACCAGCGUGUUCAACAGUACACCUCCGGUUUCGCGAUCAUUGUCGACACGCGAAAAGCGUCAUAGCAAGUCAAGCUCCUCGCGCCGCCAGUCGAUGGAAAUGUCGGGUGGUCUCAUGUCUCCACCCGCCGAGGACAUACCCGAGAUGUCGUCCAAAGCCGCGAAGAUCCUCGGAUAUGGUAUGGACAAGAGCAACCGCAAGAGCAAGUCGCGUCGUCCCGCUGAAGAUGACGACAUCGUCAUGGUCGACGCGGCCGAUGCUACCUCGAGCCCCGAUAAGUCGUCCCGUCGGAAGGCGCGGAUGAAGACAGAGGAUGAUAUUGUCAUGGUCGACCCUGAUGUCCCCGUGGAUGUCACACCCCUCAAACGCUCCAACUCCAGUGCCAAGAAGGGCUUCUCUGGCCUCUUUGGAGGCCUGAUGUCCAAUACCCCAAAGUCCGAACUGCGUCCUGAGCCCCGACGACGCAAUACCUACCACACGACGGACGACGAAGGCAGGCCCGACAAGAGAGCUCGACGCUCUGCACGUGAGAGCGAAGCAGAGACACCCACCGCCGACCCUGAAGCCGAAGCUCGUCGCGCGGCACGGCGUGCGAAGAGGGUAGAGGAGAAGGCAGCUGAAGAAUCACGUCUUGCCAAGGAUGAGGCCCGACGCGAGAGGCGCAAACGCCAGGAAGAAGAAGACGAAGCCCGCCGUCGAGAAGAGCACGAGGCCAGACGGGCUGAACGUCGCGCACAAAAGAAGGCUGAAGCGGAGCGUCUCGCCUCUGAAGCCGAUGCGGCCAAGGAAGCUGAGCGAGCUGAACGUCGUCGCCUGCGUAAGCUUGAAAAAGAUGCUUCUGCCGCUGCUGCGGGUGGUGAAGAGACCGAGGCAGAACCGCGACGGUCUGCGAGAGAAGACCGGCGCAGGUCGCGCUACGGCGACACUGAAGAGGAGGAAGCUCGCAGGAAGCGCCAUGAAGCAAGGCGUGCUGCUCGAGACCAGGCAGAGGUCAAAGCUAGUCGUCGACGAUCCGCUCCUCCCGAUGACUAUGUCUAUUCGUCGAGGUCAAAGCACGAUGAUGAUCGGAGACAGAAGCGACCUGCUUGGCCUCACUCCGGCACCUCUUCAUGGGUGAAGGAGCAUUCUGACGCAGGUCCGCCUCCUGAAGAUGGGCAAGCUACAGACGCACCGCCCCAAACCGAUGAUGACGAGGCACGACGGGCAGCUCGCAGAGCUCGACGUCGAUCCAAGUAUGAGGAUGGUGGCGGCGAUCUUGACGACGAGCAAAGACGCCGUCGUGCGCGACGCGAGGAGCGUGAGCGCCUCCGCGGAGGCUCGGACGGUAGUGGUGAAAAGGCUCAACGCGAGUCUGUCUUCAUGGACACUACGCCCAGAAGCAGCUGGUGGAAAAAGCUCACUGGCGGUGGAUAG